UGUGUGCGUCUAAAAAUGCAGAUGACAAAGAAAAAAUCAAUUUUAUAUUUUCAUUUUAAAAUUUAAUACCUUGGUCUGUAGAUAAACAGCUGUCGGCAAACACAUGUUCUUUUCACGGUACAUCGUGUUUGCUGCAGUGUCUUUUCACAAAGAAGAGCAAAUCGAUAAUAAAUUAAAUCGAUCUAAAACAUGUUUCCGCGACAUCAGUUCAAGCUGUCGUUGUUUUAUUUAAGAAAGAGAAACUAGUGCGCUAUUUCUUCAAAAAUUCAUGAAGGAUAAAUACAUAAUCAGAAAAAUGGCAUCAGACGAUGUAUUAUGUUGUUGCGAGUACCGAAACAAAAGUGGUGAAAGAACUCAUUUGUUGGCUUGUUGUUGCGACUGUGAGGCCCUCGACCAGAUGGCAGACAGAUUGUUUAGAUGUGAAAAGAUUCCUACGUCCCUAGUUGACAGGUUUCUUGAUACUGUGAUGGAUAGGUGCCGUAUACCAGGUUUCUCCGGAGGCGGGGCCACACAAGUCAACUUUGAAAUUGUCACACCUAUUGUUGUUAUACCUAUCAGCUUGAUGCUAUGUGCGAUUGGGCCAAUUUCAUCCUUUCUGAUAUUGAGCUGUUUUCCAUACUUCUGUUUCUUCUUCUACCGUACUUGGAGGAGGAAAACAAACAAAACAAGGACCAAAUUUUUCUUUGUGUGGGGCUUAACAUCUCUCCUAUUCAUGUAUUUUCUUUUUGAGAUGAUAAUAUGCUCUUACACAAAUGUUUCAUUUAUAGACAACCUGAUUAUAAGUUUAUCAGUUAUAGCGAUGUGUGUAGCCCUAAAAUUUGCAAAGAAGGACCCUGGAAUAAUACCUAGUGAUAAACUCAAACAAUAUUUAUAUGAUUCGUUCAGUUUGUUUGGAAUGCUAGAGAAUGCAGACAGAGAUGAUGAGGAUAUAGCUGACUUUGAAGUUGUAGAACAUGAUGACGUACCAGGUGAUGUUGGUGAAAAAGCUAUAGAACUUCAGAACAAGAACUCAGCAAAUAAUGAACAGCUUAGUAAGGGAGGUAACUGUUGUGAUUCAUGUUGUGUAGAGAAACCUCCAAGAUCUGGGCACUGUACUGUGUGUGAUGUGUGUAUAUACAAUAGGGACCAUCACUGUGUAUGGAUAGACAGCUGUGUUGGAGCCAGAAAUCACCGAUCAUUCCUUGUUGCUAUGACGAUAUUUGUGUUUACUUGUUACUAUGGAAGUUAUUUGACCUUGACCUCAGUAUGCGAUCCUAACUGGCCCCAUGAGAUCACUUGCUCCUUCCAUACAGCUUACAGGGACUUCAAAUGGGGACUUUGUUAUGCCAGUGCUUGGUAUGUAAUUGUUGUGGCAACAAUAAUGUUGUUCGGGCUGUUUCACCAGAUUGUGCUAAUAUCACAAAACAUGACUUCACAAGAGUUGCACAAUGCAGCUAAACAAGGAAACACUCGAUUGUUGAUGUUCAACACCAGAAAUGUGUACAACAGAGGAAUUUUAAACAACUGGAAUGAUUUCUGGAUGAAACAAAGAUAUGUAGGAAUGUAUGAAACUGUUUAAAUAUUUACUUUAAGGUAGCUCUGCACGUUUGGAUCGAAAAAUUUUCUACAAUGUAGCAUUUGAUAAAACUCCCCUUUUUCAAAUCUUAAGAAUAUACUUAGAAAACUCAGCAAAUAAUAAAGACAGAGUGGUGUGCUUGAUUUUUUUACUAGACUGAUCUGAAAAGUUUCAACCUCACGUAAUUUUUCAUAAUGGAAGUCUAUGGGAAACUCACAACUUUCAUAACAUUUUCACAAAUAGAAAUUUUUCUACAAUGUAGAUUUUAAUAAAACUUCUCACAGUAGUAAGUAAACAUAUGGUCUAUAAUGUGGUGAAAUAAAAUGUGUAUGUCCGUGUACUUAUUUUAGAGAUAAUUGACCAUGAUUAAAGUGAACAGCAUAUUUCAAGCUAAUUUUCGGACAUUAUUUUGAAUAAUUUAACAUGUAUCAUAUUUUAACUUUAGGAAAAUAGUAACAUUGCCAUUGUAAUAAAUUUACUCGUGGAUUGCCAUUUAUUCAUAAAAUGAUUUUCAUUUCCGUACUCCUAAUAUAGGCUUUAUUCUAUGUUUUCUGGAUAAAUAAUGUUACUCCAUCACUUCCGGUUUAUCAGAUGUGCAGAAUUACCUUAAAACAGCAAAACUGUAGAAAAAAUAAAAUCAGCAUCUUUUAUGUGCUUGAAGUAUUUACCAAUGCACUUGCAUAGUAUCUGUUAAACACUAUAUUGCUAAGUACUCUAAAAAGAUCUUUUUGUUUUUAAACUAUUUUAUCUGUGAUUAAAUAAUCAACAUUUUAUUAACCUCUCAAGACUUUGUGGUGUUUGUAAUUUUUUUAAAACUAUUUUAUGGUUUGUUAUUAUUUUAACUGUGCAAUAACUUCUUAAAUGUUUGAGUGUUUUGUCUUGAAAUUUGGAACAUGAAAAAAUGGCUAAAUGGUGGGCGCCAAGAUCACUCUGUGAUCUCUUGCUCCAAUUGUAACAGAACUUUAUAAAAAUAAUCUUUUCAGAAACUGAUUGGCAGAUUUUGAAAUAAUUUCACCUAAAUAUGUCUAGUUUCAAAUUAUUCCAGUUUGUCAAAAAUUUCUUAUAAGAUAUAUUGUUGUUUGUGUUUGUUUAUUGUGGAAGCUUGAAAAUCAUCGAGUCAGAAACCACAGGCCAAAAUUCAGACUGAUUUCACAUUAUUUUCCUUGUAUGACCCUCUGCCAAAAUUGUUUAACUCGGACGAGAGACCAUAGAGGCUCUCGUUUUUACCUUAUUGAUGAUUAAAAUAGUUGUUAGAGAUUUCAUUUCCAUUGUUACAAACUUGUAGAUGUGGAAAAGUUUCUAAUUUUAACAUCCUCAACUCUUGCCAUGUAUAUACAAUGCUUUAUUGAUUAGCUUAACCUUUACCCUACUAAAUUUAUGAAAUGGACUGGUCUAUCAUUCCAUUUUGGCAGUACCAUUUAUUAUUUGAAGGGGUGUUCAUUGAAAAUUUACUGACAGAAUAGCGACAGGCUGAUCUUGGUCUGCACUAGUCGCAAAGGCAAAAUUUCUUGCUGCCAGCAGGCUAAAUGUUAAAAUUGUAAUGUAGUAAUUAGUCAGGAUAGUUAUUUUAUUUGCAUAUCAAAAUAGAUGUAAGAUGCAACUUGUUAAAGAGAUAGUUUGUAUAAUCAGUUUAUUGUACCCCCCGACAACAAAGUUGUAAGGGGGGGUAUACUGGUUUCAGGUUGUCUGUCUGUCUGUCUGUCCGUCUGGUCGUCUGUCCGUCUGUCCGUAAACGCAAUCUUGUGCGCACCAUCUCUCCUUAUCCCCUUGGCAGAAUUUAAUGAAACUUCACACAAGUGAUCAGUACCAACAGUAGUUGUGCAUGGGGCAUGUAAGGUUCUUUAAGAAAAAAAAUUUGCAGAGUUAUGGGACUUUGUUUUUUUGUUACUAUACUAUAUACAUAGACACAAUCUUGUGCGCACCAUCUCUCCUCAUCCCCUUGACACAAUUUAAUGAAACUUCACACAAGUGAUCAGUACCAACAGUAGUUGUGCAUGGGGCAUGUUAGGUUCUUUUAGAAAAAAAAUUUGCAGAGCUAUGGGACUUUGUUUUUUUGUUACUAUACUAUAUACAUAGACACAAUCUUGUGCCCACCAUCUCUCCUCAUCCCCUUGACACAAUUUAAUGAAACUUCACACAAGUGAUCAGUAACAACAGUAGUUGUGCAUGGGGCAUGUUAGGUUCUUUCAGAAAAAAAAAUUGCAGAGUUAUGGGACUUUGUUUUUUUGUUACUAUACUAUAUACAUAGACACAAUCUUGUGCGCACCAUCUCUCCUUAUCCCCAUGACACAAUUUAAUGAAACUUCACACAACUGAUCAGUAACAACAGUAGUUGUGCAUGGGGCAUGUUAGGUUCUUUCAGCGACAAAAAUUGCAGAGUUAUGGGACUUUGUUUCUUGUUAACAUACUAUGUACAUACAGCCUGCAUAUGCAAUCUUGUGCGUGCCUAAUCUACCAAACCCUUGCACACAAUUUAAUGAAACUUCACACAAGUGAUCAGUACCAACCCUAGUUGUGCAUGGUGCAUGUUACAUUCUUUUAGAUAAAUAUUCUGCAUAGUUAUGGGACUUUGUUUUUUGUUACUCUACUGUAUACAUACAGUCCACAUAAUUAUGCAGUCUUGUGUGUGUCAAAUUCAGUGUACUGUGUCAGUGCAUGCGGGGGGUACAUUCAUCACCUUUAGUGAUAGCUCUAGUUUUAUGAUUAAAUUCAAUAUUUUAAAACUAACAUAUUGUACUUACCUGAUGAUAAUUAUUGUUAAGACUACAUAUUUUCUAAGGAUGUUUUUUUCAUAUGGAGGAUAUGGA